AUGGAGACUUCAUCUCAUACUGUGUCAUCAUCUAAGCCGAUCAUUUCUUCGGGCGUUGCAACUUCCACAAGUGCUACCCCGGUUAGCUCUGAAGCUGCUCAGCCGACUGAUGAUGGCUCGGGUGAUGAUGGGGAUGGCGGAGAGGAUACUGGCGAUGACGCUGGGGAUGAUACCGGCGACGAUUCAGGCGAAGACACUGGUGAUGAUUCGGGUGAUGAUACUGGAGACGAUACCGGUGAUGAUUCUGGUGAUGAAACUGGUGAUGAUUCAGGAGAUGUAUCGGGCGAUGACUCCGGAGAUGAUACCGGAGAUGAUUCUGGCGACGACUCUGGUGACGAUACCGGAGAUGACACUGGUGACGACACUGGUGACGACUCUGGCGACGAUUCUGGCGACGAUUCUGGCGACGAUUCUGGCGACGAUUCUGGCGACGAUUCUGGCGAUGAUACCGGUGAUGACUCCGGAGAUGACUCCGGAGAUGACACUGGUGACGACUCUGGUGACGGUUCUGGCGAUGAUACCGGUGAUGACUCUGGCGACGAUACCGGAGAUGACACUGGUGACGAUACCGGAGAUGAGUCUGGAGAUGACUCCGGCGAUGACACUGGCGAUGACACUGGCGAUGACACUGGCGAUGACACUGGCGAUGACACUGGCGAUGACACUGGCGAUGACACUGGCGAUGACACUGGCGAUGACACUGGCGAUGACACCGGAGACGACUCCGGUGACGAGUCUGGUGAUGAUACUGGCGACGACACUGGCGACGACACUGGUGACGAUACCGGAGAUGAUACCGGCGAUGAUUCUGGUGACUCUGAUGAUGGCUCAGCUACCACUACCUCGCCUGCCACUUCAUCCUCCGCUUCUCCAGCUGCCAGCUCAAGCGCAGCUGUCUCGGAGCUGUGCAGCCCGCAAUGCACCGAAUGUCUGUCAAACGACACGACCGAUACCUCAAGCACGUCAUUCAGACGGUCCGGUCUAUUCAGCAGAGGGCUCGCUCAGAGGGCCUCCAGCUUCCUCACCUGGAUGUCCACCCAGAUGCAGACCGCACAGCCCCUUGCUAAGAGCACCAGCGGCGUAACUACAUCUACAUCCGUUGUUUUUGGCAGCGGUACAAGCAGCCUUUCCCAGGCCAAUGUUCGCGGAUGCACUGUUCUCUACGUUGUCUCCAGGUACGCUGUGUACGAGGCGCACCUGUGGGAAUUCCCCGGAUUUGUGUCGAGCCAGAACGGCACUGUCGCCUUCAACGAGCAGGCAUUCCAGACCAACAUCAUCAGCUACCUGACGAACGACGUGAACCUCAAGCUGCCACAGCUCACCGGCUCCGCCGCGUACCCCGACCCUGGCACUGAGAUUUACAUUGGCACGCCUGUUGCCGCCAACGGACAAGGCGCAAAGUACGCGUCUCAAAUCUCGCGCAUCGCAUCAACAGUCAACCAAGCUCUUGGGCUGACUUCUGAGCCGGCUGAAUACUACUACACGCCCACUGGCACGGAUGGUGAAAACAACUGGCUGUUCCAGUACAACGAGAACGCCUGUAACAAACCUGUGUGGCAAAUUUGGUAUGGUGGUGUGGCCGAUAAUGCGCUGUGGUCAUCCAGCCAGACAUCUAGCUCCUGCGCCUCUAGUGCGGCGACGCCUUCUCGCACACCAGGAGUUCCUGCCUAUACCCCGUCCACCAUGAUGGUCAUGCCUAAAGCGACUCCUGCUUAUUAG